AUGACAUCCAUCACACCAGCCCGGCCAUCAUUAACCUCCAAUGAUUCGGCUGUGCUUCAAGCUCUCUUUGACGCCGAGUCCUCGCCAUCAGCAGGAAUUGUUAUUGAUACUUCUCUUCCAUCAUGGCCAUCAUCAGUGACAAUCUCUGAAACAGACUUGUCAUCGCUUAAGCAGCGAGAAUCAGAAAUCAUCCGCAAGCUACAAGCAAAGGAAUCACCAAAUCAAGAAACAGUCAUUUCAUCAUUGGAAGACUUUGACGAACUCAUCAGCCAAAAUGAAACCUAUCCAUCUGCAUACAUAAAUCGAGCCCAGACACUUCGCCUCCUAGUGGACCUGAUCUACAACAAAGAAACGGAAACCACCGAAAGCCCAAACACAGAACUAGCAGACGGCGCCCUCUUCUCUCCAAAAACCUCCCAACUGUGCUCCCGUAUCUUUUCAGACCUCGGCCAAGCAAUCACCCUAGCUACACCCACAUCUCCGGCUGAUGCUGUAUCAAGCGCCCAAGCAAGGCUGUUGGCUGACGCGCAUACACAUCGCGGUUAUUUACUUCUCAAGGCGGCUCGGGUCAAGAAGGCAUGUUCUGGAGGCGAUGAUGCGGGCCCAGAGCGUCUGCGUAGCCUUACAGCCGAUCAGCUUGAGGAAAUGGCUAGUCAGGAUUUCUUCUUCGGAGGCCGAUAUGGAAAUAAGGUUGCUCAGCAGCUUUCUGUGCAAACGAAUCCAUAUGCUAAAAUGUGUGGGGCAAUUGUAAAGGAGGCUUUGAGGAAGGAAGUUGAGGGUUCAAUGAAAUAA